AUGGAAUCACUACUGAUCGACUCGCGCAUCCGGCGUCUCGGGCGUGCUCGGGCGAACCUGAGUGAGGGCGAUAAUGGCUGUGCUGAAUUCCAGCUCCGGCCAGCGCCACUUCGUCUCGGCCGCAGAGCGCAGCCAAAUGCCGUCUUCCACCAUACACCAGAACUCGUGUCUCCCCGCCGUUCGCCAGCCCGCAGAUCAGUGACGUCGGGUUUCUCCCUGCGGACCAGCAACGGCCCCCCGUCUCCUUCCCAUUCCACACCUCCGAGCGACGAGGAGUCGGACUUGAGCGAGCAGGGCGAUGACGAGCAGGCUAGCCUGGGCGUUGGGGCCAUGGGGUCUCCGUAUAGUGACCUGACCAAGUCACCCCCACCUACACGAGCUGAGAAGACGUCUCCUCUGUCACAAGAGAGUCUUUCAGAGUCUAUGCCGGCGUCGACAAUCAUCAGGAGACCGAUGCAGGAGCUAGCAAACAUCGGCAAUGUCAAAGAGCAGUCGGAUUCAUGCAAGGUGUUCAACUCAUGGCGGUCCAGCACCCCGGCACUCGACCAAACCCCGACUGGACAGCGCUCUGGACAAGUCCUGGCAGGUCACGGCAUCGGCACCAUGGAGAAAGAGGGGCGCCAUGUGCCUACAGGGGAUCUCAGUGUGAGGAUGCUCGCUGAGGUGAAGCAUGCUGCACAUUACACCGUCGCUGAGCGCAGGAGACUCUUUGAGGGUCACCAAGUUCCGCAUCCUGCAAAUGUUGCACUUUCAGGAGUAUCCGGGACGGCCGGUCGGUCGCAAGCCCCAGAAGGGGUCGGCGCUGCCGUGAGACAGACUUUCGUCACGACCAGAAGUGUCCCAGUUUCACCAGCGAGACAACACCGCCAAGGGCUGGUAGAGCCGCCGAUAUCCUCAAGUCAUACCAACGGCCCUCUCGCGAAAAUUACCUUGAGUGGCAUUGCCAAGCUCCGUCAUUCAUUCGAAGAGCCCCUUGGACUUGCUGCCCAAGUUGCUAGAGCUGACAAAACCCCCCAGCGGCCACAAUCUCGCUUUGUGUGCGAUAAGAGCCCGUCAAAGCCAGCCAUGGCCGAAUCGAACGACUCCGGCUCAUCUCAAGCACCUGCCAGCACACCAUCGUCGAAUGUGUUCAAGACUGUUACAGAGACUGCGCAUGACCUAGCUAUAGUUCGGGCUCAUCACAACGUCCACUUCUCCCCAGUCAAUACACCUGGGGACCGCCCUGGCCAGGUAUCAUCGAGGCCUACACCAGGGCAAGCUCCACGCGACCGGGAUUGUGCACCAGUUUUGGCAGCGCACAAGCCCGAGGGAGGUCAGCCACAGUCGCUCUCCAGCGGUGCCGUGAGGAGGGGACAGCGAGGUCAACCACCACCAGUCACCCCCACGCGUCCGGUGAGGAGAUCUUCGGUACUUCACUCCAGCCCUGUUCACUAUCUUUUGAGGUCGGCAAGGGGCAAUUCUGGGCUAGAGGCCUUGGGAACGACAGAGGAGGGUUUGGCACGGAGCGAACCCCGGAGAUACCACGAUAUGGACAAAUGCCAGGGGACUCGGUCCUGUCCCAGGAAGGUGGCAGACCUAUGUCGUCUCUUUGAUGUCCCGUCGACGGGCCAUGCGCCUUUUUCCACACCGAGGCGACAGAAGACGGGAACCGGCAUCCCGGGAUCGUCCGAGGCACUACCCACAUCGACCCUCAAGAACGCAAAACCGAAGCUAAGAACCGCCGACGAGAUUGAAGUAAAGCUUGCUCCUUCACCAAGCAAGCUGAAGUCACAAGAAAAGACAAACGGCCGCCCAUGCACUGUCACUACGGACGAAGGGGAAUCUCCGCUCAAGCAGAAGAUCCACUUGUUCGAGGAUCUCGGCAGCUCAGAUGCUGUCGACGAGAUCACAGCAGCCCAUCCGAGGCCCCGGGACUCAGGAACCGGCAGUCCCGUUAGGCAGGCCGAGAUCGGAGUCACGGUGAGGAAAUCCGGGACCCGGCGAGGCAAGAGAGCCGUGGGCAUUUUACGGAAAAUCUCUAAAUCGCUGGAUAUCCAUGGCUCCCGUGACACUCAGGAGGUGCCAUUGAAGAACGGCAGUCAGGCCUGGCUAGUGGGCACGGCAGCUGUCCAGAUGCCCCGCAAGAAGAUUGUUAAGCGCAGGCUUAAGAAGCAACCACCAGUCCUAGCCGCUGAGGCAGCUGCGGAUUCGAAGGCGUCGGCGGCCGCGCAGCAGAAUUACGAACAGCAAGAUUUCAGAAGCGCUGUUGCGGAACUCUCGUCCUACGAACGCCAAAUGAAGCAGAUGCCAGAGUUGGGCUCGAAGGGCUCGACAAGGGGUAGAGGUCUGUUCAAGAGGAAAAGUCUGCCCUUCCUGAAGGGCAUUCCGGCUCUCCAGGACUCCAAUGACACACACAACCCCAAAGAUAGCAACAGCAGUAAGGGCUGUUCAGCCAAACUAGCCCCAGGGACAGCCGGCGUCACUUCCGGGCUUGUCACUAGAGGCUCAGCUCAGGGCAGGGCAGAAACCCUGAGGCGCAGGUUCUCGGCUUCCCUCAGCAAGGCGAUGAAUCCUUUCCGCUCCGUCCCCGAAGCGGCACCGCAUCCGGGUGGCAAGAGGGGCGCCGGCUCAGGCCCGAGGGCGAACUCUCCAGCGGCCAGCGGUAGGACGGCCAGCAACGGUAGCGGUAGCAACACAGCCGCCGUGUCCGUGGUGCGAUGCAAUCUUCAGCAUCCAAAGCCGAUCCGGGGCAGCGAGGUGAGCCUCCUGAUCGGGCUCUGCGAGGAGAUGGGGAGCAAGAGACGGAGGUAG